AUGGUUGAAAUCAGAGAUUUACCUCAAGAUUUGUUUUAUCAAAUUUGCUCUUAUUUGCGGAUUAACGAUCUUGUGGCACUAUCUUCUGUAUGUGGACAGUUUUGCCACUGGUUAGGUCAGCAGUCGUAUUGGAAAUGGCGUUCACAAAGUCUUUGGAAUGGAACCUACCCUUGUUUGCCAGAAAAGGCCGUAGACUGGGCAUCGGCAAGCUUUGAACGAGAAAAGUGCUGUAUAAAUUUCGGGGAGAAUUCAACCGAUUGCAUCCGUCUAUCCAAGUUAAACGUGGUCAGCUACGGGAUUGAUGCUUUACAUAUUCCCCUUGUAUUCCUAAAAAUUUUUCUAACAACCUUGAUUGUAGAAACAUCCACAUUUACUUAUAAUGGGUGA